UCAGGUAUGUUUACUCAAUCGCAGUUCGAAAGAGGACCAAUUUCUUCUUCCAUCACUAACAUUUUCCACCAUUGUUGCAACUCAAAGAAUCUCAGAGCCAUUAAAGUAUUUCAAGCACACCUAAUUAGAACUGGGUUAAUCUUCAUCUCCCCUAAUUUUCAGUUCAAACUUGCAACUUCACUUCCCAACAACAACAACAACCAUCUUCAGACCUUAACCAAUUUCUUCAAAUUCCUCAAACCCAGAAAUCCUUUGCUCUUAAAUUCAAUCCUUUCCCAUUUUUCCCAAAAUGGGUUUCAUUCUCUUGCUCUUCGUACAUUCUCUUUCAUGCAUUUUGGUGGUAUUGACAUUGAUUCAUACACGUUGUGUAGCUCCAUUACAGCUUCAUCCGCUGUGAAAGAUGUGAAAUUUGGGCAAAUGAUUCAUACCCUUGUGCGGAAAUCGGGUUGGUUUUCUAGUGUUUAUGUGGGGUGUGCUUUAGUGGAUUUGUAUGCGAAGUCGUUGUGUAUCAAGAAUGCAGCUAAGAUGUUCGAUGAAAUUCCUGUGAAGAAUACAGUGUGCAUGAAUGCAAUUCUUUCAGGUUAUUCUGAAGCUAAGAUGUGGAUGGAGGGACUGGCAUUGGUGAGGAAGAUGCCAUGUUUAAAUUUAUGUUUGGAUAAUUUCACUUUUUCAGCUGCUUUGCGUGCUUGCGUUGGGCUCUCUGCAUUUGAAUUGGGUAAGCAGGUUCAUGGAUGUGUUAUUCGAAAAGUUCAUGAUAUGGAAUCUGAUGUGUUUCUGCAAAGCCUGUUGAUUGAAAUGUAUGGAAAAUGUGGGUCAGUGGAGAAGGCUAGGCAUGUUUUCGACAUGGUUGGCUUUCGAUGUGGAGAAAGAAAGAGGGAUGUUGUUCUGUGGACAUCAAUGCUUGGUGUUUGCGGAAGAAAUGGGAAAUUUGAAGAAGCCAUUAGUCUGUUUAAUGAUAUGGUAAUGGAAGGAAUCAAACCAGAUGGUGUGGCGUUAUUGACUGUUCUCUCUGCUUGUAGUCACACUGGCCAUGUAAUUCUUGGAAUGCAGUACUUCGAAUCAAUGACAUCUAAUUACAGUUUGGAACCCAGUCCUGAGCACUAUAGUUGUGUGAUUGAUUUACUGUGUCGUGCAGGUGAGUUGGAUAGAGCAUGGAAUUUAAUCAAUGACUUAUCUUACAAAGAGAAUGAUAAUUUUACUGUUACCCUGUGGGGGGCCUUGCUUAGUGCCUGCCAUAAUUUUGACAAUGUCGAACUCGGUAAAUUAGCUGCUCAACGGGCACUCGAUUUAGACCCUCAAAAUGACGGGGUUUAUGUUCUGCUAUCGAACAUGUAUGCGAGGAAUGGUCUGUGGAAUGAAAUUGAGAUGUUGAGGGAACAGAUAAAAGAGAAGGGAUUAAAGAAAGACAUAGGACAUAGUUUGGUAGAUAUCACUAGAUGAGAUAAAGGCAAUGAU